UAUGCGCAAUGGUAAACUCCAGUUCCUCCUGAAGUUCUCAACCAUCAACGCGCCUCGAGGUUUCAUCACCUCAAUCGCGUAUAAAGAAGUACAAAUUGAACAAUAAAAAAGUCCAAUCAAAUAAUUGAAGACGGAAAAAAUAAUAGCCGAGUAUUGCAGAUUUUAAUCUGGGAUUAUGGAUUCAAUGGAGCCGCGUCUGGUGGCGCAGGCAUUGAAUUAUCAUGGCCAACAACUGCAGAAAGUCUGGGAUAAUGAGAGAAGUGAGACUGAGCUUGCUAUGCUCAGUCUCAAAGAUCCAAACUUCGAUAUUUAUCAGCAGCGCCAGAAAACACUCAGUUUUGGAGACAGAGGGAAAAGACUUAAACUCCAGCAAUUUAUUGUGAAGAAAGCUGAAACCCUGUAUGACAAGUCCAAUUUAUCGAAAUCUAAUGAGUCAGUGAAACAAGAAAUCGGUGAUGAAGAGUUUUAUGCCACAAUGCCAGGACUCGACUCGUUUGUUACCAUGGAGAAAACACAGCGGAUAAGAAACUUUUUAGAGAGUUUGAUUAUUGGUGAUAUUAUUUAUGCCCAAGUGAUGGGUAAAAGUGCAGCCGGGCUACUAUUGAAGAUUCUCUGCAAUUGCAGUGAUUGUCCGAGAGUCGUAACAGAUUUGGGAGUGAAGGCUCUAAUAUUGAAUACAGCGACAGUCCCAGCAGUGGACAAGAAAGGUGUGACAAGAGGCUACAUGGCAAAUGAUCUCGUCUGCGUCGUUGUGAGUGAAGUAAACGUUGAAGCUGAACGUGUGGUGGCUGUUAUGAAUGUAUCCCCACGUGAGGGUCAGACAUUCCACCCAUCCAUGGGUUUAAUUCACUCUGACGACCUGCCAGAGGCCUACAAGAAAGCAAUGGACAACAAGGGGCAAAGUUAUGAAACUAUUUUGGAGAGUAGUACCGGCUUCAACAAUCCCAACAACAUUAAGUAUCUCUCUGAUAUGUUGAGUCUUGGUCAUGAGCAUUUCUCUAAUAUGGUUGGUCUGAGAGAAAGAUUUCCACCGAAUGAAUACGCCACAGAGCUGCGUCAAACUCAAGCGAGUAAAUGGGCAUUCAAGAGUGUAGCUGAUGGAAUAGAUCAUUUCAAAGCAGGUCGUCACACAGAGGCAUUCCAGUGUCUGAAUAAAGCCUUGACAGUGGACCCGAAAAAUGUGGAGGGUUUGGUGGCACGAGGUGCCCUUUACGCCAACAGUGGAAGCUUCAAUAAAGCAAUUGAUGAUUUCGAAACAGCACUGAAGCUUAAUCAAACCCACGCUAAUGCCCGCAAAUACAUGGCUGAGACACUGGUGGCACUGGGUCGAAGUUACGAGGAUGAGAAAAAGUACGAGGAGGCCCAAAAGGCUUAUGAAAAUUGUCUGGCAAUAGCUCCAUAUCACGAGGAGGCUAGGAACUCAAUUGAAUACAUCAAAACUAAAACAAUCGGUAAUGCUCCACCCCCUCCAUCAAUAAAUCCCAUAGAUAACUUUAAAACGUUUGAUGGUGAAGUUGAUGGUGAUGGAAAGAAGGACAAGAAAAAACGAAAGAAGGAGAGAAAAUCGAGGUCAAAGAAGAGGCAGAGACAGUGGACCUCUAGUUCUAGUUCAUCAUCGAGUGGAUCUUCCAGCUCGUCUAGCUCGGAAUCUAGCAGCUCAUCAUCGUCUGGCACCUCGGGUAGGUCUAAUUCAAAAUCGCCUAGUCGUAAACGAAAACACAAGAAGGAUCACCGGGGCUCGCUGUCACCAUUGAGUAAACGUAUGGCUCAGUACAAUAAUCCACCGGCUACUUCGUCAACUAGCUCUCAUGAUGCACUUGCUUCACAAAAUUAUGGUGGUAAUUCACGUGAAAAAAUUGAUGAUUAUGAAGUUCAAGUGAGGAAAUUUCUCGAGCAGACUAAGGAUGACUCUGAUUACGAAGACAAGGUUCGUAAAUUUUUAGAAGAGACUGCACGUUGGAAGCGUGAACGUGAGAAGGAGAAGAAACACGGUGAAAUUGAAAAAAUGAAAAAGAAAAAGAAAAAGGAUAAGAAGGGUAAGGAAAAGGAGAAGGAGGAGAAAAAAUCACGGAAGAAGAAAAAGAAAGAAGAGAGGAAGAAACGUAAGAAUAAGGACAAGCUUGAGCGUGACUUGGAGGCCCUCAGAAAAUCUUCAUUACCCGAUCUUGAGCAGUUGGAGUCUAAAUUGAGUGCAUAUUACGCAAAAGUCGAAAAAGAGACUGCGGUAUUGAAACGAUUCGAGAGGUAUGUAGAUCUGUAUAAUGACAUGCCUUCCCCCCUUAGUAAUUCGGAGAAACUCGCUGAGACUUCUCGCAGAGAGGAUGAAUUACGAAGAGAGAGAGAUGAUGCAACAAAAGCUUAUCAUGAACGUGAUACAAGGCCACCCGUCACACAACAACGCAAAGAGGUUCGCAAGCCAGUGAACGAUCUCUUCGAGCACGAUUCCCAGCUCGUGCACACCGAGACAAAGCUGCCAGCCCUGGACACAGCAGCCUUGAACGCCAAGUGGAAAGCAGCCCAAGCAGCUCGUCAGAAAGAGGCCCAUAUAGUAGGUAAAUGGCAGGAUCUUCACCCAGAGAGCAAGAAACGAGGCGAAUCAACAGACAGUAACGACAUGGAGAAGGAAUCCCGUAACUCCCUGGAGAAGGGUUUCAACGUGCGUAAACAGAUACAUCGAGAGGUCCAGGAGAAACGAUCGUCCCAACCAAUGUCAGUGCCAGCCCCUCCACCAGCGCAAUCAACCACAAAGGAUCUUCAAAAACAAGCACCAGUAAAAUACCCAACGCCUCAGCCACAAAAUAAAUUCCAGUCGUACAAAGAGGCUGCAGCCCCACCGCAACCACCUUCACAACCAAAAUUCUCGCAUUUGGGAAAUAAAUUCCAACCAAUUGGCCAGGCACAUCCCCCAGAACCCCCAGGACCACGUCCACCCUCAGCAAAAGCUCACAAAGGGCCUCGAACAGAUUCAGAUAGUGACGAUGACACAAGCAGAUCUAGAAGACGUAACUCAAAGGGCCCUGGACCCGUUCGCAAGAGCCGGGACAGACCUUCGAGACGAUCAAGAAGUCGAUCGAGAUCGAGAUCUAGCUCCAGUCGCUCCAGAUCUCACUCACCACGAAGAUCACGAUCACGUUCUUACUCAAAUCGAAGAUCUGGCAGUUACGAGAGAAAAUACAGUCGCUCACCUUCUGGAACGUACAGUAGAUCACGAUCCAGAUCUAGAUCUCGUUCGUACUCCAGGAGCAGGAGUCGCAGCAGAUCCAACGACAGGGGAUAUUACAGAAAACGUCAAUUCAGACCUUACAACAAUCGUGGAACUUAUUAUAAACCACGUUUUCAAGGUUUCAGUAAUCAAAAUCAUCGUGGUGGUGGUACAAAUAAUUUUCAAAAUCGUAAUCGUUUUUACAACAACAACCAGCACAACAAUCGUUUCGGUAACAAUCGCAAUCGUGGAAAUUUUAAUAAUAAUAGGAACCAGAAUAAUAGGGGUAAUAGGGGUAAUCGUGGAAGUGGUAGAUUUUUCCACAAUAAUAAACCUGGAUUCCGUGAUUUUCGGGAUAGGAGGGACUUCAGAGAUCGUAGAAGCUCCAGAGAUAGGUACAGUGAUCGGAGUUAUUCACCCGAUCCAAUGAGAAAAGUCGAUGAGGCAAAGGAAAAAAUUAAUAAAAUGCUGGAGGGCAAUGGUGAUGCUGAGAAUCAGUCAGCUCCACCACCCAAGAGGCAUGAUGGACCAUUGAGUGAGGGAGAGGAAAGGGAUGAUGAUGACUACGAGAGAUGGGGGAAUAAUGAGAGCCAAGGGGCUGACAACAAGAGAGCUGAAGGCCAAGCGAGAGGACGGGGACUGGAUGGAAAAGAUACAUUCAUCGAGCGUAUGAAACAGCGAAGCAAGGAUGUAUUGGUUAGACGAGAAGCUGCCGCCAAAGUUUGGUAGAUUUUUUUUGUUGCAGAGUCAUUUUGAUUAUUAUUGAGAUUUGAGUUUGAAUGCUUAUGAGUUUUUUUUCUGAAUGAAAUUGUGGAUUACCCUCGCAAUCAUCGUUUUUGUAUGAAGAAAAUUCAAGAUUACAAUUGUACAUUUAUUUAUCGGACUUGACAUCAUUUUUUGGCUUUUCAACGAAUUGAUGGAAUAAUCUUUCGUUUAUUUUGGACAUCAAUCCAACGGCCUUUCGAUUUUUUAUCAUUAAUCUCCUCUAUGCAUUGUUCAGUUGAUGAACAGUAGUUGUGCGAGUAAUUUUCACAUCAUAGUUCAGAUGUAGUUAGAUUUAAGAUAAAGUGUAUAAGAUUCGAUGUAAAACUUGAUGAGGAGAAAUAUAUGGAGUAAUCUUGAAAA